AUGAGCUCAAUUGAAGACAUGAUUGAUUCAGAGAAGUGGGAGUCGAGGAUAGCUUCUUUGAGGGAAGGAUCCAGCUGGAAGGUCCUCUCCACAUCAGAUAGUGCUAACAAGCUUGGGAUUUUUCCUUCUAUAUCCUGUGUUGCAGGAAUUAGGGUUUUGUUAUUGGGGCUUUUUCUGAUUGAAGAAAUAGUUCAGCCUUUGGGUUUUAGCACAUACACCAUUUCAAGUACCAAAAAAGCAGCUUCAACCCCUGUUAAAGAAGAGGUCUACACGCAUACGGGAGCGCAAAAAGAUGAUAUAGAAAUAGGAACAGGAAACUUGGAGUUAAUAUAUUCUGGAAGUGAAGGAAAGCUUUCUCAUUAUUUUAGUAGUCGAAGCGCAAUUGAUGCCUCUUUGAAGCAAUCAUAUAGCUUUUAUGCUGGAUUUGAUGGAACGACGGGGCUACAGGCAUCUGGAGCAUACAUUUUCCGUCCAAGUGGUACAUAUCCUAUUGGCUCGCAGAAGCAGAUGAAAGGGUUUACACUCCGGAGAAAGCGGAUAAAUAGCUAUAUAGGAGAGUAUGACGCUGACAUGGUGAUUAAUAGGAUGACUGACAAAAAACAGUAUUUAGCUGAUUAUUCGUUUGAAUACUCUGUUGAUGAUGGCAAACGGUUAACUGGGUUGUUCUGGGCUAAUGGUUUAUGCAAGCUUAACUAUAUGGAAUUUGGCGAUGUGAUAUCGUUCGAUGCAACCUUCAAGACAAACAGGUACAAGAUGGUGUUUGUCCUAUUCACAUGCAUUGACAACCACUGUCGGAAUGUAACACUCUCAGCUGGGUUGUUGGCAUCAGAGAGUAUUGAAUCAUAUAAAUGGCUUCUAAAUUCAUUUUUAAAGUCAUUUGGUCGACAGCCUAAUGUUGUAGUGACGGAUCAAGACCCUGCUAUGAAACAGGCUAUUGAGGAGGUUGGGCAUGAGUUGUGCAAUAAUGAUGAGUUUAAAAGGAGGAUGUGCGACAUUGUUUGGACUGAUUCGAUUGAGCCCGAAGAAUUCGAGAGGCAGUGGAAGUUGGUGAUGAUUGAGUUUGGUCUCACUGAAAACAAAUGGAUUGAUGAUAUGUUUGGGAUGAGAUCCAUGUGGAUUCCGGCUUUUUACCGGCAUGAGCCAAUGUCAGCAAUUAGAGAUACAUGGAACAAUUUCUGA